AGUAGCCUGUAAAGUUUCAUUUAUACCUCUAUAAAUAUAGUGUUCAUUGAGGCUAUAGAUUGAUUCAUCCACCCUCCAAGAUUUGCGUGAAGUUUUUCCCCCCUUCAAUUCCUCUCCUCAUCGAACGAACUGCUGUUCUACAGGCUUGCGUUUUGAGGAUGGAUCCUACAAGAAGUGAAGCCAAAUACGAGUGUUUGCUUUUCGACUUGGACGAUACUCUGUAUCCUUUGAGCUCUGGCCUCAUCUUGUCUUGUCGCAAGAAUAUACAAGAUUACAUGCUGCACCAUUUAAAAAUUGAAGAAAGCAAAGUGCCUCAGAUGUGUGUAGACUUGUACAAGGAAUAUGGAACCACAGGAGCCGGUCUUAAGGCAUUAGGUUUUAAAUUCGACGAUGAUGAAUUUCAUGCUUAUGCACACGGGAGACUGCCAUAUGAGACUUUGAAGCCUGAUCCUGUUUUGAAGAAUUUACUUCUUUCGAUGCCACAACGAAAAAUAGUUUUUACCAACGCUGAUAAAGCACAUGCUGUGAAAGUUCUGAGUCGGCUUGGCCUUGAAGAUUGUUUCGAAGGAAUUAUAUGCUUUGAGACAUUGAACCCACCUACUGAACUGAAAAAUGAAGAUUUUGCAGAUAGUGAAGGAGCAAAUGAUGUAGAACCUAAAGUUCGAAUUCUGUGCAAGCCAUCUGUAGAAGCCAUGGAAGCUGCUAUUAAGAUUGCAAACAUCGAUCCCAGGAAAACACUCUUCUUUGAUGACAGCGUUCGCAACAUAGCAGCAGGAAAGGAAGCCGGACUUCGCACUGUCAUUGUUGGAAGGUCUGAGCAUGUUCCGGGCGCAGACAUGGCAUUGGAGAGCAUCCACAAUAUUAAGGAAGCAAUACCUGAGAUAUGGGAAGGUGAACAUCAGCAGGAUCCAAAUCUUCCUACUGCAGUCGAAACAGUUGUCCGUGCUUGAACCUAUGCGGUAUGUAACCUCGUUGUGGAAUGAGGAUAAUUAAGGGGACUAUGAUUUAUGUACCUGUAAACUUGAUAUAAAUAACAAUGGCGCUUAACUA